AAACAAGCCGAUCAGCUGCAACAACAACUACCAGGAGCUGCUGAUACAGCCGGUGUUGGCUAACUUUCUCCCUGCUGUUAGCUUGAGUAUGUGGCACUCGGCAGUAUGGUCUUAGACAGUAAACUUGUCCAGUUCUAGAGAGAAGACGUCUUCUCGGGAAGGAUUUGUCUCGGAUUGGUGGCAGCAGCGCUAGUACCAGGUUCAACAUGAGUGGUCAGAGUCCAGCUGUGGAUAAAGGGAUGAACACAGUCCUGGUUUGUCAGGAGAGCUACGCCUGCGGAGGUUCAGACGAGGCUGCGUUCGAAUGCGACGAAUGCGGCAGCUUGCAGUGUGCCCGCUGCGAACUGGAGCUCCAUCGCCAGGAGCGCAUGAAGAACCACGAACGGGUUCGGAUCACGACGGGCCACGUCCCCUUCUGCGACUCGUGUAAAGGUGACAACAGCUGCGUCGUCAGACUCCGAGCGGUGGUGCGCUGCCAGGGCUGCAAGAUCAACCUGUGUUUAGACUGCCAGAAACGCACCCACAGUGGGGUCAACAAGAGGAAGCACCCUCUGACGGUGUACCCCCCCACCAAAGCUGCUCAGGAGAGCAGUGCUGAGGAGAUGGAGAUGGAGAUCCUCAAAUCCAAGCUGGAGAAGGUGUUCAGCUUUCUUUUAGUUGACGAGAGGGAGGAGAUGAAGGUGAAGGAUGAAGAGGAUUUCGUCCUCAGGCUGGGCUGCAGUCCUGAUGAGCUCCUCAAGGUGGUCUCCAUCUUUGGCAACACCGGGGAAGGCAAAUCCCACACUCUGAACCACACCUUCUUUCUGGGAAGAGAAGUGUUCAAGACCUCCCCCACCCAGGAGUCCUGCACUGUGGGUGUUUGGUCGGCUUUGGACCCUCUGCAUCGGGUCAUUGUCAUCGACACUGAGGGGUUGCUUGGGGCUGGAGCCAAUCAGGGCCAGCGAACACGGCUUCUCCUUAAAGUCCUGGCUAUCUCUGACGUGAUUAUCUACCGGACGCACGCCGACCGUCUCCACGAUGAUCUCUUCAAGUUCCUCGGUGACGCAUCUGACGCCUACUUAAAGCAUUUCACCAGGGAGCUGAAGGCGACCACCACCCGCUGUGGUCUGGACGUUCCUUUGUCUACCCUGGGCCCCACGGUUAUAAUUUUCCACGAGACCGUCCACACCAAGCUCCUAGGAUCAGACAAACCCUCGGAAUCGUCCGAGCGUCUGCUCCAGGAGCGUUUCAGGAAACUGGGCUUGUUUCCAGAAGCGUUCAGCUCCAUUCAGUACCGUGGGACUCGGACCUACAACCCUCCCACGGACUUUAGCGGUUUGCUGCGCAGCCUGGAGCACCAGCUGGAUAACAACACCACCCGAUCGCCACGCUCGGCUAGCGUCAUCUAUAAGGCCCUGCAGGCUUUAAGCGAACGUUUCAACGGAGAGAUUCCAGAUGAGCACAUGACCAGUAACUCCUUCUUUCCAGAUGAGUACUUCACCUGCUCCAGUAUCUGCCUCAGCUGUGGGUCGGGCUGCAAAAGAAGCAUGAAUCAUCUGAAAGAAGGAGCUGACCAUGAAGCCAAACAUCGUUGCCGCUACUCUGCUCAAUAUGACAAUCGCAUCUACACAUGCAAGGCGUGCUACGAGGGAGGAAAGGAGGUCAUAGUGGUUCCCAAAACGACGGCCUCCUCUGACUCACCGUGGUUUGGUUUGGCUAUCUACGCUUGGUCGGGAUAUGUGAUUGAGUGUCCCAACUGUGGCGUCAUCUACCGGAGCAGACAGUAUUGGUACGGAAACCAGGACCCGGUGGAAACCGUGGUUCGGACUGAGAUCCAGCACAUCUGGCCAGGGUCUGAUGGGUUUUUGAAGGACAACAACAACGCAGCUCAGAGGUUGCUGGAUGGUGUCAAAUACAUUUCUCAGUCUGUGUCUGAGCUCAGCGUCAAACCUGCCAAGACCGUCACUUCCUGGCUCACCGAUCAGAUCGCUCCCACCUACUGGAGACCCAACUCUCUCAUCCUGAAGUGUCAUAAAUGCGAGGAAGACUUUCAGCCCAACGACACCAAGCACCACUGCCGGGCCUGUGGAGAGGGUUUCUGUGACGCCUGCUCCUCCAAAACCCGUCCGGUCCCAGAGAGGGGCUGGGGCCUCGCGCCUGUCAGAGUGUGCGACUCGUGUUUCCGCAACAGGGAAAUUUCUACAGAGUUACUGGAUGCUGCCUUAGAAGAAGAAGGAGGCACCCUGAUAGCCAGGAAGGUCGGGGAGGCCGUUCAGAACACCUUGGGUGCCGUCGUUGGUGCCAUUGACAUACCGCUUGGCCUGGUAAAGGACGCAGCUCGUCCAGCUUACUGGGUCCCCGAUCAGGACAUCCACUCCUGCUGCGAGUGCCAAAAGGAGUUCAAGCCCCGCCUGUCCAUCCACCACUGCCGCGCCUGCGGCCAGGGCGUGUGUGGCGACUGCUCUCAGGAACGCCGCCCCGUGCCGUCCCGCGGCUGGGACCACCCGGUGCGGGUCUGCAACGGCUGCAGCCAGAAAUCCGGGGAGCUCUAGCAACGAGGGAAAUCAGGAGUCGGAGCGGGAAUGGUUUUUAAAAUGCAAAACGCCAAGAAAACUGGAACAUUAAAGCCAAGAUAAAAGACGACCGGAGGUUUGUCUAGCUACAGUUUAGAUGUUGGAAAGUUGGACUGAAGUUUGACUUCUUUGCAACACCGGCCUCGUGUCAUUUCAGUUCCUUGAUCACACCGAAUACACACCGUCCAAGUGAAACUUGAAUUUCAAAACACGCCUCUGUAGCUCUUUAGCCACUUCCCCACCGUCCCUUUGAGCAUGGCACCUUUUGUGUCGUCACGCCUGUUUGCUUGGAUCUCGUGAUAAUAACGGUGUCUAUGGGAGGGCUGGAUCUUACAGCGUGGACUGGUUUAUUUGGAAAACAUAGAACGUCAAAACGGUUGACAUUUAAUUUUCAUCUUUCAGACGACGUUUCAGUAGUUUUCCACAACUUCAUCUCUGCUAACAUUAACUCUCUUGCUUUCAUUGUGUCCAGAGAAUACGGUUGCAUCAUUCCAAUAAUAAAUCCUUAUUAGGGAGCGAUGGUGCAGAGGUUAGAGAAGGUGGGCCUGUGAUCGGAAAGUCGCCGGU